GGCGCGAUAAACAUUACAUAACGUCGUUCUUAAAAACGUACCUACUAUAUUGUCUGUGUCUCACUCUCAAGUUUAAAAAAAAAAAAAACAUAGUAAGCAAAUAUCGUAUAUGACUUUAAAAUAUAAAUAUGUUGUGUUCGAAGUCAUUAUAAUAUUAUUAUUGUCUUUCUAUUACUAUUCAGCUGUAUAACGUACGAUAUCCAGCGUAUAUGUUAUGUAAAUAUAUACGAGGCUAUAGGAGUAAAGACUAUAAAAAAGUACACGCGUUUGCAGACUGCAACUACUACUGCAGCUUGCGAUGUGAGUUGUGACCAUCGAAGCCGGCRCAUAUCAGAAAAUAACGAAAGAUGACGGCAGUUGCAGUCGUAGAACCCGCCGGCCGUUGGGCGGUAAGGCUGCAGACAGCAAUGGUGGCGGUUAUGGUGUUGUUGCUGGCGUGGACGCCCGCAGCGUGCAGUGGCGCCAGGAUACUGGCCGUGUUCCCGUACAAUGGCCACAGUCACUUCGCUAUGGUCGAACCGCUGAUGGUCGCGCUAUCCGAACGCGGUCACCACGUUACCGUGAUCAGCCCGUUCCCAAGGCGCAAAGAUGGCGGCGGUGGACGCGGGUACGUGGACGUGGACGUGUCGGACACGCUCCCGCCAGUCAUCAGCCAGCUGAACGUGACAGAAGAGUUCGAGUACCACGUGGACCCGGUUACCGGGCUUCGGGAUCUGUGGCGAAUGAACCACCGGGUGUGCGAAACCACUUUCGAACAUCCACUAGUCCGUGCGCUGAUCAACGAGCCCCGCAACUUUGACGUGGUGUUCACCGAAGCAUUCGCCACCGACUGUUUCGCAGCGUUCGCGCACGCAUACGACGCACCGCUAGUGUCCAUCCGAACGUCCGACUACUCACCGCAGCUCAACCGGUGCGUGGCCAACCCACAAAACCCCGCGUACCUGGUCAACCAUCUACUCACGUACACCAGCCGUGGAAUGUCGUUCGUCCAACGGGUAGUCAACGCGCUGGCCACGCAUUUCGGUGCGGUCGGCUACCACGCUUUCUCCGACGGCCCGUCCACCGAACUGGUCCGGCGGCACUUCGGUCCCAGUACGCCACCAGUUCCUGAGAUCGCGCGUCAGCGCACCGCACUCGUACUGGUCAACGCCCAUCACAGCUUGACUCAACCCAGACCGACGGUGCCUAACGCAGUAGAAGUGGGUGGGUUGCACAUCGCACAGACUGCAGAACUUGAAAACGCGGUCAACGAAUGGUCAGAUUACUGCGAUUUGUGUGAUCAAGGUGUCAUUUACGUGUCUUUUGGUUCGUUAUUGAAGGGAUCRUCGUUUCCGUUACAGUUCACGACGGCGUUCGUGCAGGCUUUUGAAGCGCUACCGUAUUGUGUGCUGUGGAAAUACGAAGGAGAAUUGAUGUCUAAACGAAUUAAAGUGUCCAAGUGGAUGCCCCAACAACAGAUCCUGAGUCACAGGAACGUCAAGGCAUUCAUAACACACGGUGGCCUUAUGGGCGUCAUGGAGGCUGUGCACUUCGCAGUGCCRAUGAUCGGUAUACCUGUGUUUGGCGACCAACAGUCGAACGUCGCUAACUGUGUCGCAAAAGGCGUAGCCAUAGGAAUGGACCAUCAACAGAUAACCGUUGAAAAACUGAUCAAAAACAUACUAGCCGUCGUCACGGACAGCAAAUACAAGUCAAAAGUAUCUGAGUUGUCGGUAAGAUUCAGGGACAGGCCGUCAAGUGCACUGGAAACGGCUGUGUUUUGGACUGAGUACGUGAUCAGGCAUGGCAACGCCACCAACACUGCAUCUCUGGCGAUAAAUUUAGAUAUUUACCAAUAUUUUUUGUUAGACGUAGUCGGUGUUGGGCUAUCGAUUUUGGUAUUUUUAUUUUACAUAAUGUUUCGAAUAAAAAAAUGUAUACGAUAAAAUAUUAUAAAUAUAACAGUGUGUUAUUAGUGACGCAAUUAAUAAAAUCUGUAAAUACCCAAAAUGUAAAUAGGUAUACAUUUAUUAUUAUAAUUAUUAUAACUAAUAAUGACA